AUUUAUUCACUCGCUUCUCACCGACUCAGUCUACUUAAAAAAAAAGUAUUUAAAUACUAACCGUUCAAAAACAUCGUUUAUAUCUUGUGACAUAUUUUUUUAUAUUUUUCAAAAACAUGAAAUCAUCUUCCUCAUCCGUUGACAUAGAUGAAUAUCUUGUCCAAGAAGAAGACGAUUUUAUCAAAGAACCCGAAUAUGCUGGCAUAACAGCAUCUUGGUUAAGAAAAGCCAUUACAAUUCUCUCUCAAGUAGCCGAAUUGAAUUCUCACAAAAAAUACAAAUCUGCUGUUAAAAUUCAAUCCAUCUACCGUGGAUGGAUAACAAGGAAAAAAAUUUCCUCUUUAAAUCAAUCAGCUAUUAAAAUUCAAAAAACAUAUCGUGGAUAUUUAGGUCGCCACAAGUAUUUCCAAAUUCUUGAAUCAACAAUUCAAAAAAAAAUCUUUGAACAUCUUAACAAAUCAGCAACAAUCAUUCAAUGUACAUUUCGUGGUUACUAUUCUCGGAUAUAUUCUCAUGAUCAUUUGAAAUUGAAGAAACUUCAACUCAAAGUAACUAGUGAAUUACUACAAUGUGUAGCUUUACAAGCAAGAAAACUUUAUAAAAAUCAACUCGUUCCUGGGUUGUUUCCAUUGAGAAACUCAAAAUGUCAAACUAAAGUUGAAAUACUCUUGGCAGUGCUUAAAUUGAAGACUUACAACGAAAAAGUUCGAAAAGCUCGAACUGCAGAAGUCAUGAAACUUAACAAGGCUUUUGAGCAAUCAGUUCUUGUUAAAGAUCAAAUCCCGAUUCCUUUUGGAAAGUGCGAGACAGUCAAGGCGAUGAAGUAA